AUGGUCAAACGAAAGGUCGCUGCGCUCGAGAAGCUCGAUGCUGACUUCGCGAGUCUGCAACAAAAAAUCCGUCGCGAUCCCAAAUCGUACAAGGAAGAGUUCCUGAAGCAAUGGGAACAAUAUGAGGCUCAGCGCGAGAUCUUUCUCGUCUCACCUGGCACUGCGACCGCCGAUUCUGUCGAGUCUUUCCACAACAUUAUCGAUCUAAUCGCUCACGUCGCCGAUUGCUACAAGGAAGAGACAGCCACUUUCCCCGACGAUCUGAAGUCUAUUCUUACACAGCACCAUGUCAUUCUGCACCCCGAACUGCGGGAGAAGAUCGUGGGAAGUCUGGUCUUGCUGCGACGAAAGGAAGUUAUCGACUCGACCAGCGUCCUCACCACGCUUUUUCCCAUCCUCGUAUCGUCGCCUAGCAAAACUCUCCGUGAAACUCUGUUCCAGAAGAUUUUGAGCGAUCUGCGAAACUCAAACACGAAAUCUAUUAACCACCCUCUCAACCGAACCGUCCAGACCGUUCUUUACAACCUCGUUACCGCCGAUCGAUCUUCUCCCCGAGCUAUCUGGGCCAUCAAGCUCACCCGUGAGAUGUGGAAGCGACAGUUUUGGACCGAUGCGAAGCCCGUUGAUGUCAUGAAGGAGGCUUGUCUGUCCGAUAACGAGAAGGUUGUUGUCGGUGCUGUUCGCUUCUUCUUGGGUGGAGACAAGGAGCGUGAGGAGCUUGAGGACGAGAGCAGUGAUGAGGAGGUUGAUCUGAGCCAGGUCAAGCAUCAGAUGGGUAUCAACAAGAAGACUAAGAAGUCGAAGAAGCAGUACGAUAAGGCUGUCGAUAAGGUCAAGCGCGCUGAGCGCAAGAAGACAAAGCCUCAUCCUCUCAACUUCUCCGCUCUUCACCUCCUCCACGAUCCCCAGAACUUUGCUGAAGAGCUCUUUUCAAAACAUCUACAAAACACCAAGGCGAAACUAUCUCUCGACACGAAGAUUCUAGUGACGCAACUAGUUACCCGACUUGUUGGUCUGCACAAGCUGACUAUUGUGGCGCUCUACUCCUGGUUCAUCAAGUUCCUUACUCCUCGACAACAGUCUGUUACUUCUUUCCUGGCUUCAUUGGCGCAGGCAGUCCAUAACUUGGUGCCUCCCGAUGUGCUGGAGCCCCUGAUUCAGAAGAUCGCAAACGAGUUCGUUUCAGAAGCUUCGGCCGCUGAGGUUGCAGCUGCUGGUCUGAACUCUAUUCGCGAGAUUUGCGCUCGUCAACCCCUGGCUAUGACUGAUACUCUGCUACAAGAUUUGGUCCAGUACCGCAAGAGCAAGGACAAGGGUGUUAUGAUGGCUGCCAAGGGUCUUUUGUCACUGUACAGAGAGGUCGGUGCCGAGCUUCUGAAGAAGCGAGACCGUGGCAAGAAUGCCACUAUCAACCUAAAGGCUGGUUUCCAGGCCCAGCGCAAGUUUGGUGAGGAGGAUGUUGGUGGUAUUGAAGGUCUGGAACUUCUGGAGAAGUGGAAGGAGGAGGAAAAGAAAAAGAAGCGACUUGCCAGAGGCCUUCCCGAGGAUGCUGCUACUGAUGAGGAGGAUGAAGGAAACAAGUCUGACGAGUGGGAGGUUGCUUCUGAUGACAGCAGCGAGUCUGGUGAUUGGAUUAAUGUCUACCAUUCUUCUGAUGAGGAGGAUGACGAAGAUGAACCCGCGUCAAAGAAGCAAAAGACAGACGAAGAGCCUGUUAUGGAUGAAAGGACCAAGAAGGCUCUAGAGGAGAAGGAGGCCGAAAUCGACCGCAUCUCCAAGCUCGCCACUACAACCAUCCUCACACCCGCCGAUCUCGCCAAACUCCAAGAACUCCGUAUGUCCGCCUCCAUCGACAAAGCAAUGGGCAACCGCCGCAAGCGCCAGCAAGAAGACCGCCACCGGGACGACGGCCUGACCGCCGAGCAGAUCGAGGCGCCCGCGCGUCUGCGCAAGCUGACCAAGGAAGAGCGUGUCGCGCUCGCCAAGGAGGGCAAGCCAGAUCGCGAGGAGCACAAGAGCACGCGGGCCAUCAGCAAGUCCAAGAUGCAGGCCCAGGGCAAGAGCACGAGUAAUAGGGAGAAGCAGCGCAACAAGAAUAUCUUUAUGACGAUGGGUAAGGCGAAGAGCAAGCAUAAGAGGAGUUUGGUGGAGACGAGGAAGGUUCUUAAGAGACAUGUUGAUAGGAGUACUAGAGGUGGACGAAGAGCGAACGGUACAUAG